CCUUUAUUUCGAAACAAAAAGUAGGGUUUUUGUUGGCCUAGAGAGGCAGAUAGAGAUGGCGAAGAAGGGAGGAGGAGGGAGUGAGGGAGGGGCGGCGCCGGCGCCGGCACGGGCAACGGUGCCGGCGGUGGCGGUGGAGGAGCUGCCGAGGGCCAUCGUGCAGAGGGUGGUGAAGGACAAGCUGGCCGAGUUGUCCUCCGGAGGUAGACGAAGAGGAGGGCAAGAGGAGGUUAACGUGCACAAAGACGCGCUCCUGGCCUUUGCGGAGAGCGCCCGCAUCUUUAUCCACUACCUCUCUGCAACGGCAAAUGACAUUUGUAAGGAAUCAAAGAGGCAAACAAUCAAUGCAGAAGAUGUUCUCAAGGCACUUGAAGAAAUUGAAUUCCCUGAGUUUAUUGGUCCCCUUAGAAUUUAUUUAGAGGGUGUACUUUGAUGAGAUAGAUGCAGCAAAGAUCAUGCUUUAGAGUGCACUGAUGAAAGACUUGAGUAAUCAUAUUUUAGGAGAAAAAAAUGUGGCAAAGAAGUCUGGGACAAAGACAAACGAAACAGAAAAAAAAAUGGAAAUUAGAGCAAGAGCUGCCAACAGGGAACGGCCAUGAUGGUAUAGAAGGUUCCAAGGAAGGACGGGGAAUGAAGCCAAUAUUCCUGAGGAUAAUGAAUGAAGUACUUUGAAAUUAGAGUUCAGUCUCCCUAUUUUGCUGAGUUGUGCUCCUUGCAUAGUCUAGUGAUGAAUAUUGGUAGAGUGACCUUCUUGUUAUCAAAGUCCUAAAUUUAUGCAAUAGAGUUGCUUUUUGGCAUCUGCAGUGGUUACAGAACCUUAGAAACCUAUAAUGUACGUGCAUUAAGAGCAAUCGGAACUGAUGUUAACUUUUGCAGGUUUUCCAGUCGCAAUUUCUGCAAAUUUUUGAAUUAUAAGUUCGGUCACAUAGAACAGUUUAAGCGAAAAAUCGACUUUUCCUUA